CUCCCAGCUUGCGCCGUCCGUGCCAGCCUGGGGCCCGGGCGUCCCCGCCGCCCGCAGAAGGAGCCGCGGGCGCAGUCGCUGCAGCGCCGAGCGGCAGCAUCCUCAGGAGAGACGCCCCAGGCUCCGCAGCCGCCUGCCUGCUCCCGGGGCCGAGCGAGCGCCGCCGCCCGCUCUCUGCGCUCCUCCUCGCCGUCGCCCGUGCCCCCGCCGCGCCUCCACCCCGGCGGCGGCCUGCACCUGCGCCCCGGGCCCUUCACCUGCGGCAGGCACCCGGCCAGGCGGGAGAGACGAGGCGCGAGACACCCGGGAGACCCGGUCCCCUCGUCUCCACUAAGCACGGAGAAGCGAGCGACGCCCGCCAGCACCCGGUCCCCAAGUUCAGGGGUGACAGCUCUCCAAAGAGGGCUAUCCCGCGAGGUGAGCAUUCCGGUCCCGCGGAUCCCGGCCGGCCCGCGGGACUCCAGGCGCCUCUACUGCCUGCGCCCCGGGCGCCCUCCCGGGUCCUCGGAGACCGCCCGCUCGCCCCCCGCACCCCGGCGCCCACUUCGGCCCGCGCCCGGGCGGGGCCAUGCCGGGGCUGCGCCGGGACCGCCUGCUGACCCUGCUGCUGCUGGGCGCGCUGCUCUCGGCCGACCUCUACUUCCACCUCUGGCCCCAAGUGCAGCGCCAGCUGCGGUCCCGAGAUCGCCCGCCUGGCUGCCCGUGCGCCGGCCGCGCCUCCUCCCAGCCCGGGGAUCCGGCCGCAGCCUCCUCGGACCCCGGUGCGGGCGCGCACAACUUUUCCCAAGCCGGGCGCGGGGCUGAGCCGGAGGGCGGCGGCCGCGGCGUCUCGGACUCCAAGCUGCAGGCCCUCUUCGCCCACCCGCUGUACAACGUCCCGGACGAGCCGCCUCUCCAGGGUCCGGAAGACGCUCUCUUGGCCAGCCAGGAGGCGCUGCGGUAUUACCGGAGGAAGGUGGCCCGCUGGAACAGGCGACACAAGAUGUACAAAGAGCAGAUGAACCUCACCUCGCUGGACCCCCCACUGCAGCUACGACUCGAGGCCAGCUGGGUCCAGUUCCACCUGGGGAUCAACAGCCACGGGCUGUACUCCCCGUCCAGUCCCGCGGUCAGCAAACUCCUGCACGACAUGAGGCACUUCCCCACCAUCAGCGCUGAUUACAGUCAGGAUGAGAAAGCCUUGCUGGGAGCCUGUGACUGUACCCAGAUCGUGAAGCCCAGCGGGGUCCACCUGAAGCUAGUGCUGCGCUUCUCCGACUUCGGGAAGGCCAUGUUCAAGCCCAUGAGACAGCAGCGAGACGAGGAGACGCCCGAGGACUUCUUCUAUUUCAUCGACUUCCAGAGACACAACGCUGAGAUCGCAGCUUUCCAUCUGGACAGGAUCCUGGACUUCCGACGAGUGCCGCCAACCGUGGGGAGGCUAGUGAAUGUCACCAAGGAGAUCCUAGAGGUCACCAAGAAUGAGAUCCUGCAGAGCGUCUUCUUUGUCUCCCCAGCCAGCAACGUGUGCUUCUUCGCCAAGUGUCCGUACAUGUGCAAGACCGAAUACGCUGUCUGUGGCAACCCGCACCUGCUGGAGGGCUCGCUCUCUGCCUUCCUGCCAUCCCUCAACCUGGCCCCCAGGCUGUCUGUGCCCAACCCCUGGAUCCGCUCCUACUCGCUGGAGGGAAAAGAGGAGUGGGAGCUCAACCCCCGCUACUGUGACACAGUGAAGCAGAUCUACCCGUACAACAGCAGCAACCGGCUGCUCAACAUCAUCGACAUGGCCAUCUUCGACUUCCUCAUAGGCAAUAUGGAUCGCCACCAUUACGAGAUGUUCACCAAAUUUGGGGAUGAUGGGUUCCUUAUUCACCUUGACAACGCCAGAGGGUUCGGACGACACUCCCACGACGAGCUGUCCAUCCUGUCGCCUCUCUCGCAGUGCUGCAUGAUAAAAAGGAAAACACUUGAGCACUUGCAGCUGCUUGCCCAAGCCGACUACAGGCUCAGUGACGUGAUGCGGGAGUCACUGCUGGAGGACCAGCUUGCCCCCAUCCUCACAGAACCCCACCUCCUUGCCCUGGAUCGGAGACUCCAAACCAUCCUCAAGACAGUGGAGGCGUGUGUAGAGGCCCAUGGAGAGCAGAACGUCAUAGCCGACGGCACGGCAGAACAGUCAGCCCCAGACUCCGGCCAGGCUAAUUUGACAAGCUGAGGGCUGAAGUCAAAUUUCAGAAAAUCCACCGGAAGCCAGUGGUGGGCUCCAGAGUACACUUCCUUUAGGCAGUCCAUCUCUUACUGCGGGGGUGGAGUCAGACUCAGGAAGGAGGUAAGGCACUGUCCCAAACAGCAAGUGGGAGCCACUGAACUUGACCUUGACUCCCUGGUGCACUGCUCCUAUAGUGACUUGCCUUGGCUCCAUCAACCUCAGCAGUUACUAGCUUCUUCAAGGCCACUGUCUCCUGAGUACAAUCGGAAAUCUGGAUAUGGGUCAAGCUCGGAGGGUUUGGAAACCUUGUUCCCAGGAGAAAGUUUUUAACUGUAACAAAUCAAAUAAAAGGACAUCAAGUG